ACCGCGCAACAAACGAACGCUAAACUCGAAGAGAAAUAACUAAAAUCCGACGCGAUAAAACGUUUUUUACUUCAUCCUGAAUAAACGAAAAUUGAGUUCGAUUCUGUUGUUGUUUCAGUUUGGGUGUUGUUUGAUGUGGUGAUUUUAUUUGUUAUUUAAUGAAUAUUGCCAAGAAUUUUAAUUAAUCAAUUAAUUGUAUUAUUAAUGAUGAAUAAAUAAUAAUUUUGAGAUAAAUAUACGUUUUAGUGUUGACUUUCUGCGUAGUGUGCAAACCGGAAGCGGAUAUGUGAGAGAGCUUUCGAUCGCGUCGCCGAAAAGUAAAAAGAACAAAAUAAAAAAAAAACAUGUUCUGUGUUAGUUGUGUGGGUUGUGGUGCGUGUGUGCGACCUGAUUGUUUUGGAUUAUCAUCGUCAUUUCGAACACCACCACCAUUUACGCUGGAUUUCUAGAAAAAAAAUUACUAAAAAAUGAGAUUUACCACCACAUUUAAACGAGGGCGUUGAAGAAAUAAUUUAAAGAAAAUGUUAGGAAGCCCUGCGGGGGCGGGUGGUCAGCAAAGGGGUAAUCUUUGGCCCAUUGCGCCCGCCUCCGUGUCCCCGGCUAAUUUCACAACAGAUGGUUUUGGAAAAUACGGGAUUUAUUCCUUAUUUCCUGGGACGACUAAUUUCGGGAACACCCUGUAUUCACACAACACCAUCGGCCGGUUUUCUUCCGGCACAAUACAAUCAACACCAACUACUUUUCACGCUACCCAUAAAGAUUCAAUAUUCUCUGGAUACACUUUGGGAGCGCCGACACCACCUCCCGGGUCCCCAUACUCCCCUGUUCCCGUUGCCCAACUCGAAUUGUUAACGAAAGGAUUCAACUCCAACAUAAUCAUCCAACAGCAACCUGAUUUUAACCACCACCAUCACCAUUCGAUUUCGCCGAAAAAAUCAGCGGCAACUCUAACCGUCUCCGAAAAACGGCUUCAGCCGGCGGUAAUCGAAGAAAAAUGUUGCUCGCUGAAGCAGCAAAAACCGUGCGUGUGCAACGGUUCUUCUUCAUCCCCGAAGACGAUGAUGUCGGGGAAAUUCACCGAAAAUCCCAGCGGAUGUAGCAGGACGAAUCCGGUCGAUUGGGUUGCGGUUCAAAUUAAAAAGGAACCGGGGACGCCGUGUCAAGUCCCGGAAGUCUCGACGAGCGUCUCUCCAAUUGUUAAAAUGGAGAUUACCUCGCCUAAUUGUCAAUCGAUUAAGACUACGGGGGAGAUGCAAAGCGCUAGUUUAUCUUCGAUUGUUACAACAAAUGGUAACAUUCCAGUUGGAAUAGCCGUGGCAAGACAAAGGAUACAACAAGAAGUUGUAUCUUCACCAUCAUUACCACCGCAAGGUCUUCUCACUACAAUCAAUACCUCAACGCAGCAAAUAAAAGAAAUGGCUCGAUUAACCGAAAUCGAUACAAACGUCGCAUCAUCAGGUAUGGCUGCGAGUGUUCCUAGCGGAGGCGUAACAGGAGGCGGCACGCUCCUGCAGUGUACGGAUGAUCGUGGCGCGGGUUUGGCUGCUUGGCCAGUAGGCGGGCCCCAUGGUUCUACGUUGGCCACGCCAACACUGUGGCAGUACCCCGCUCCUUUACCGAUGGAGCCAAUCGUACCUAUGUCGGUACCGAUUCCCCCGGUUGGAUUUCAAUUAGUUAGGGAUCCAACAACCGGCGGGCUUCUUCUAUUACCAACGUCAGAACCGCUUCAACAAGCCGUGGUGUGGCCAAGUUACACUCAGCCCUCAUCCCAUUUGCUUCUACCUCAAUUACCACCUCCACCCUUACAAUUAUUAAGUUCAGCGAGUACUUCAGAGUUAAAUAACUUCAUGCAAACGAGUACAACUCUUCAUCAACACACACAAACGCACAGCACGAGAUUGGUUGCUGUUACAACUGAUAGUAAAAGAAAAAUACCAUUGCCGUUACCGGCAACGACGUUGAUAAAGAUCGAAACUGAUGCGACGGUUGAUCACACGAAGACUCUUCAAGCUGUUAGCACUGUUGCAACAAACACAGCAACGGUUUUUACGGAUCAAACGGCGGUUCAGCCGCUGCUAGCGGCUCAUUUAAUAUAUCAGCAUCCAACGACUAAUUUAAUUUUAAGUCAAACACCGACUACGACUACAACUGUGCAACCAACACUAGAAACAACUUCUUGUCGGAGCCAAGCAACUUCUCCGGUUACUUGUUUAACACCGCCGCCGGAAAAUACUCAACAUCAAUUGACGCAUCAUCAAAAUCAACAGCAAGAGCAUGAAGAGGAAACGACGCAAGUUCAAGAUGCGAGUAAUCAAACUGACACGGUUGAAGAUGAAAUUGAUGAAUGCGUGAAGAAAGUUAAUGAAAAUAAUGGAGUAAUGGAGGAUAAAUGUGAUGAUACAACAAGGAAGAAAGAAAUUGUUGCUCCGAUUUCUUUGUUGAAUCAAAUAAAAGAGAACAAAAUGAAUUUGAUAAAUGAGAGUGUUGAUUUGAAACCAUCUGAUUUGAGAAUAAAAGGUUUAAUAAAAGAAGGGGAAGAUGCAAAGUUGGUUGGUGAAGAGGAAAAUGUAAAAAAUUUGCCUUUAGAUUUACAGGUUAAAGUAAAUGUUGAAUGUAACGAGGAUGUUUCAUCCGAGCAAACGAAACCUUUAGAUUUUCGAAUGAAUUUUAAGAGUAAUAUCGAAGAAAACGAAUCGAGUCAAAAAUUAAGCGAUGAAAUUAGUGAGAAACCCGAUACGACGGGUUUAGAUUUGUUAUCGAGUCUUGUUGAUAUCGAAAAUCGAAGAAAUAUAGAAAAUAAUAAUAAUAUAAAAGAAGUAGAAAAGAAAGUUGAUGAUAAAUUUGGAGGAUUAAACCUUUUAUGCGCAUUAGCCGAACAAAGAAUACUGGAAGAAGUGAGCGAACAAAAACGGCGUCAAAGAGCGAUCGAAAAAUCGGAGAGGAAGAAAGAAAAAAGGAAAAGCCGCGGUAAUCGAGACCCAGAUGAACCGAAACACAAAAAAUCUAAAUAUUACAUAAACGAGAAAGGGGAAAAAAUCAAAAAAAUCAAAGACAAAAUCGAUAAGGAGAAAGAUGAUGUUAAAAAUUGUAAUUAUUGUAAUUUAAAAGAUUUCCGAAGUUAUAAAUCGGAGGAAAAAGCGAAAAAAUUCGUCGCUAGUAAAACGCAAACUUUAUUUGAGAAAGGCGAUUUUCCAUGCAUGAACGCGAACGAGCUUAAUAUGCGAAAAAAAUUGGCCGAUUUACAGCGAAAAUAUCGCGAGAAACAACAAGAAUUGGUUAAGUUGAAAUCGAAGAAGCACUCGAAUCAUCAUAAAGAGUGUUCGAAGAAACAUCAUAAGUCGAGAAAGAAAUGUAGCGAUGACAAAAUUAAAAUUAACGAUGAAAAUAAGAUUGGUGAUGAUAAAAUCAGGGAUAGAUUAUCCCCACCACCUCCUAUUUUAGAUAAAAUCGAUCACCAUAACGAACAGCGAAUAAUAAAUAAUGAUUUAUUAAAACCGCCGACGCUUUGUGCCAUAACAGACGAAAAAAAUUAUGAGAAUAUCCAAGAUAUUAAUGAAAACAACAAUAAGCGUUGUUUUACACCAGAUUUAAGUGAUUCUAGUCCGGAAAAGGCUUCGUCAAAAAAAAGGAAAGUUGGGAGGCCCAAAAAAUUAUUACCAUCAUCGAACUUAUCGACAACGACGGAAACGUUGGUUGCUAAAAAGGCUAAAAAGUGUUAUGCGAUUGGAUACCUUUUAGCGGCCAAGCAAAGAUUACUUGAAAACAGUACGUUUUCCGACACCCCGCCGAGAUUUAUCGAAGAAUCCAAUGAAAACAAGAAGGAGAAGAAACAAAAAAAAGUGGAAAAAUGCAAAAUAAGGCCAAAAUUAAAAGCUGAACCUACGAUUAAGAGUUAUCGAGAAGAUGACGACGAUGAUGAUGAAAUUGAGGGGGAUGAUGAUGAGGAUGAUGAGAUUGGGGAUGAUGAUGAUAAAGAUAAAGAGAAUGAUUAUUUCGAAAAAGUUAAGGAGGAAAAGUUAAGUCAAGAAAGAUGUGCUCAAAAGUUUAAAGAUGAGAAAUUUAAGGAGGAAAAGUUUAAACAAGAUAAAGUUAAGCAAGGAAUAUUAAAAGAAGAAAGAUUUAAGGAAGAAAAAGUUAAAGAAAAAUUUAAGGGGGAUAAGUUUAAGGAAAAUAAAUUUAGUGAAGAUAUAGUUAGAGAUGACAAAUUGAGUCAAGAAAAAUUAAAACGAGAUAAAUUGAGUCAAGAAAAAUUGAAUCAAGAAAAACUGAAUCACGAAAACAUUGGUGAAAAUCCUCAAGAAAGUGUAAAAAAUGAAAAGAAAGAAAUCGACGAUCGUUGUCUAUUAAAACCGGACGAUUUGGAUAAAAAGAGAGUUUUAACGGCGAUGGGGGGAUUAUUCUAUGCGGGAGAAUUAAAAGCAAUCGAACCGCCCGACGUUUACUCCAUAACUUUGGACGGGGAGCGAGGAAAUCGGCCCCACAUCAUGCCCAGAGAGGACAUUUUAAGAGACGCGAUUUUAGAAGUUCAUCCAAGAAACGAAGAAGAAUUAACGGUCGGAACAAGAGUAGUGGCUUAUUGGAGUCAAAAAUAUCGUUGUCUCUACCCCGGAAGUGUGGCAGAACCCGAUUCGCCAACCUCAAAAUUUAUUUCCGUCGAUUUUGACGAUGGCGAUAACGGAAAAAUUCCAUUGAAAGAUAUCCGAUUACUCCCUCCGGAUUAUCCCUUCAUGGAAUACGACCCAAAUCCUUUAUCGAGCUUAAGUAAGCGUAAAAGAAGAACAUCAACAACGGAAGAUUCGAGCAGAAAGAAUUCGACCAACUCCACCAACACCGAAUCAACGAUUCAGGAUCAUUACGAAAUACAGGAGAGUCACCAAACGGAUUCGUCGACGUUUAAUAAUGUUAAUAAUGGUAAGGAUAAAAAGAAAAUGAAGAAGAAGAAGAGGGAAAAGUUAAGGAGGGAGUUGGAAAACCAAGAGAUUAAAAAGAAGAAACGAAAGCAUCGGUGUACUGAGGAAAAUUGUCAACAUAAAAAUAGAAAGCACAAGAAACAUAAGAAACACAAGAAGCAUCAUCAUAAAGAAGAGAAAAGCGAUGAUAAAAAUAUUGAAAUAAUCAAAAUUAAUAGUGACCAAAUCGAUUUCGAUUCGAAGAAAAGUCUCGAAAAAAUUGAUCCGAAAGAGAUUAAUCAAGAAAAAGAUGUUAAUGACGAAGACGAUUUUAAUGAAGAAUUUGAAGACGAAGAAGAUGAUGUGAUUGGAAAUCCCGAAGAUGAAGUUACCAUGGAAGAUAUCGAGGAUACUUUGGAUGAAAGGCAGCGGGGAUUUCGAAAUAGACAAGCAUCGUGUGAAAGUCGAAGUAAAAUGUCCGCCUUUUUACCCGAUAGUAAUUUGUGGAGUUGGUUGGGCGAAGGAAGAACGUAUAAGUUCCGUGGGAAAAAGAAGAUUCAUUAUAAAUCCAUUCAACGAGGGAAAGAAGUCAUUACGCUUGGAGAUGCAGCAGUUUUCUUAUCGACCGGAAGUCCAGAUCGACCCUAUAUUGGAAUCAUCGAGAAACUUUGGGAGAUUUGUGGUAACAUGAAGAGCCGUGUUCGAUGGUAUUAUCACCCUGAAGAGGCAACCGGAUAUGAUAUAAAGUUCCAAAUUCCCGGCGCUUUAUUAGAAUCGAAUCACCAAGAUGAGAACGAUGUCCAAACGAUUUGUAGGAAAUGUGAUGUUUUGCAAUUAGAUCAGUUCCAAAAACGUCUUAAUCACGAUAAUGAGCUUUAUGCGAAAGUUUAUGAGAACCAAGAUUUGUAUUAUUUAGCCGGUUACUACGAUCCGAGUCUUGUUCAGUUAACCGUUGCUGAAAAUACUCCCAUCGUUAAAUGUUUGGCAUUGAAAGAUGCCCAAAAGUAAUGAUUAAAUCAGCAAUAAUGACUUAAAAGAGUAUCGAAAUAGAUAUUAGAGGUGGUGAUUAAAAAUAUUCGUACUAUAAGGUGAUUGAAUAAGGUGCUAAUAAUACUAUUUGUAAAAAAAAAUUUAAAAAGGGGCAACAAAGAUUGUUUUUAUUUCCUUGUUGAUUUGCGAGCAAUAUUAUUAAGAUUACAGUAUUUUUUUUUUUUAAUCUGAGGAAUAUCUUUAAGGAAAAAGACCUCGAGGCUCUCUCGUUAUUUAUAAAUUUUGUUGUAAAUACCAACUUAGAUUUAUAAUAAAUUUUUGUGGUUAAUUUGUUAAAAAACUGCUUCAUUGUUGGUAGUUUUAAGAAAAAGGUGACCAACCCAAAUUGAAACAGUACCAUUUUCUUCGAUUUUAUUAUGUUUCGUUGGUUGGUCCCUUUUAGGUCCACUAAGUGUAUAUUAUACAAAAAAAAAACAACUAUAAACCACCUAAAUAAUCAUAAAAAUUAUAACCUAAAAAAUAUAUUUUGAUAGAAUAUUUCGAUGAAUUCAAUGUAAAAACGUUUUACGGUUAAUAGAGCGGUCAUUUUUCGGUCUAAUCGUAACGAAAUCAAUGUAAUUUUAUAAGGGUAUCCAUUUUUGAAGAAAAAUACAAUCGUAUAAGGUCAAUCAAGAAAAAAUUAUUUGGAGCAAAACUAACCUAAAAAAAAAAAGAAAUUUGUCCCAAAACACAAAUUUUGCAACGUUUGGACUGAAAUGGGUGCCUCAAAGACUUAAAACAACAUUUUUAAUCAAAUUAAAUUAGUAGACUAAAAAUGACUUACUAUUAAAAGCCGAAAACUGACAUAAAAAUAAUUAUUAAUUACGAUUAAAACAAUUCCUUUGUAAAUACAAAGAUUAAAGGGAGGGGAAUUUAAUUUUAUUAAUGACACAAUAAACGUGCAAUUUAAUUUGUACUUAGUACUUAAAAAGAAAAUAAUUUCUCGCUUUACUUUUACAAAUUAGUAUUUCUUUUCUAUUGUAUACUUAAUACGCUUAAUAAGAGAAGUAGAACGUAACUUAGUACGUAGGUGCUACAAUUUUUUAAAUCGCUGUGAAUAUAAAUCUAGAAAUAAAUAUAAAUUUAGAGUACUAUAUACAUUGUAGGAUAGAGAACUUAAAAACUCUUUAAAUACAGAACGUAGUACAAACGGA